GGCAUCUGUGUUUGGGUUGGCUAUGUCUAAAUCAGCACUCCUUGUCCUAUCGCACAGGUGGAGGUUCAAACGGGUCCCAGACCAGAGGCACCUCGGGAGGGAUCGGAUGGCUGCUGCCUUCAGGCCUGGCCAAAGUUUGACCCGCACUAAAAAACAGGCCUGUUCCAGACCAUUGCUGCUCUCCCCCUGCUAAAACAACACCAGGGAAAGUGUGCGUCAAUAUAGGGGAGGUUACCUCUGUGGAUAAUUUGUCUCCCAGUAAAAACCUCCUGAAAAUCUGGAUUAAAAAAAAGGUCUCCCUCCAGUCUGACAAAAUGGAUAUGUAUGCUGUGCCCAACCCGGGGAUACCAGGCUGUCCACCAGGACUAGAAUACCUGACUCAGGUGGAUCAGCUACUCAUCAAACAGAAAGUAGAGCUUGUUGAAGCCCUUGUUGGUUUCGAAAGCAACAACAAGUAUGAAGUGCGUAACAGCAUGGGUCAGAAUGUGUUCUAUGCGGUCGAGGAGAACGACUGCCUGAGUCGACAGUGUUGUGGUCCCCUGCGCCCCUUCACCAUCCACGUCCUCGACAAUUUCGGACAAGAGGUCAUCACCGUCACCCGGCCACUUAAGUGCAUGUCUUGCUUCUUCCCUUGUUGUCUACAAGAGCUGGAGGUGCAGGCUCCCCCCGGUAACACAGUGGGGUACGUUGCACAACAGUGGCACCCGUUCUCCCCCAAAUUCAUCAUUGCAAACGAACACACCGAGCCUGUACUGAAGAUCCACGGGCCCUUCUGUGGAUGGAGCUGCCUUCCAGAUGUUGACUUUGAGAUUUUGACGAUGGAUGAAGUCAGCAAGAUCGGAAAAGUCAGUAAGCAGUGGACAGGACUUCUUCGGGAAGCAUUCACAGAUUCAGACAACUUUGGUAUCCAGUUCCCCAUGGACCUGGAUGUGAGAAUGAAGGCUGUAAUGAUCGGCGCAUGUUUCCUCAUUGAUUUCAUGUUCUUUGAGUCUACUAACUAGGAGCCAAUCAGGAUCUCCAUAUAAGCAUACAAACAUUCCUGGAAGAACAAGGCCACAAAGCCAUGAUGAUCAGUCCCAAAUGCCCUAACACAGAACAACCUUCAAACAGAUAGUUUAAAGAACGUACCCAAAAGGUACCCACACAUUAUAAUUUUGCAUGAACAAUGAAAUAGAAGGUUUGUUUUAGUCUUAGCUGCUCAGGUUGGUUGUUUAAACAUGUGACUGGGCUGUGAGUGCAGUUGCACAGUGCAGUUUUUAUAUGAGGAAGUUCAUUUGUGUUUACAUUAUGGUCGCUGAGCCCAUCUGGGCCCAGAACCUUUAGUUACUACUUAAAAAACUUGCAUAGUAGGAUGACAUCCACAUACAAGUCAAUAAAAAGGGUGACACUAAUACAGGCAAGUGCUGUUAUACAGUUUGUGACAGAAAACUGGUGUCGUUAUGGUCGGUACGCCGAGGAGGUCAGCCACAUAGCACCUGUGUAAUUUGGUCAUAUUAAUAAUCAAGAUGUUAAUGUAGUUUGUAGUUCAGAUAUUCAAAGCCCUCAUUUAUGGUUUUAUAUUUUGGUCUGUUACAAUUUGUCAACAUAGAGUAAUGUGUGUGUGUGUGUGUGUGCACUGCUUUGUGUGCGUGUCUGUGUGCUAUGAGUGUACUUGUGUGUGUUUAAAACAGAAACAUAAAAUAACGUAGGAUUUCAAUAAUAUUUUCAACGCCAUAGCAAUUAUGCAUAGUCAACUAACUCUGUAGAGGUUGUGUAUUUGGGAGCAGAUGGGUUAUGGCUCCAUGUACCAUCCCCCUGUCUUGUCCACAAGAGGGAGCUAGCUUUUCAUUUAAGAAUAACCCAACAUGGCCCAAAUAGACCAACUCAAUCUGCUUAUGCCAUAGGUUUUUAUUGAAAUAGUAGUGUCUAAAGACAUUGUUUAUUUUUGGACAAACUCAGGUUGAAAUGCAUGCUACUGUAUUACAGUGUUGGCUACUGCUGACUCCAGGAACUACACACCAGCACCUGAUACUAUGAAUAUAAAGACUAAUAUUUUGAAGAUGGUGUACAUUAAAUCAGCUAAAUAUCCAUAUUCUGCGUACAUUUUCAAGUAUAUCCACUUGAUUUUUCUCACUGUUGCAUUACAUAUGGUGUGGCGACCUUUACAUGUGUCCAAAAAGUUAAAUAUAACCUCAAUCAAAUUGCCAUUGACACUGCUGUGCACCAUGCCUCCUUGUAAAAUUCAAAUAUGAUUUAAUAGAGUGUCUCAGCCUGAUUAAGAAUGGUAUGGAACAUUGUAGCAUAUAAUUUAUCUACAGUAUGUGCUACAUCAACCUUAAAGGGUUAAUCUAGAUUUUUUAAGGGGCGGGGGUAACUUAAAUGUCACUUAAGGGGCAUGAGGUAGUCAGUGUAUUACACACAGCAGAUGGCGGUCGGCACACCCCCAGUUUGGAGAAGCAGGCAAAGGUACUGCCACAGAAGCAAAGCAAUGUACUGCUGUGGACGGGGGCAGCAGCAAAACAUAUUGCAGCCAUUUAGAAAAAUAAUAGUUUAAGUUUACACUAUGUUAAGAAUAUUUUUACCGCUUUGCCUUGCCUUCAGACAGCGCUUCACGUUGGGAAGCAGCUGAAGGGUUCACUUCCCCAUCUGUGCUCUCGUCAAAGCUACCAGACUCCAUAAACAAAAUCAGUAAUUUUAGCUUGCUGAACACAGGAGCUGUUGGUCUACCGCUGCCUCAAUCAGUCAGUUUGUUUUGGUCAUAGUUGCCGUCAGCAACCCCCAAAAAAGUCCCACUGAAAUAAAAUCACUGUCAGUUUAAUUGUAACCUGUAUUUAGAAUAUUUUUACCUCUUUACCUUGAUGCGGGGCAGGACUGCCCUUUCUAUCAGCAGAGCUGUUGGUCUACUGCUGCCUCGAUCAGUCAGUUUGUUUGGGUCGUCGUGUGACUUUCACAUCUUAAAGGGUUAGCUUAAAUUCAGCAAAGUCACAAAAUGACACAAAGUAACUUAUAGAGGCAGCAGUAGACCAGCAGCUCCUGUGUUCACCAAUUUCAAAUUACUGUUAUUCUCAAUGGAGUCUGGCUUUGAAAAGAGCGAUUUAAAGGCUUCCAUCCCUGCCGGAAACUGCUGUCUGAUGGCAUGAUAAAGCAGUAUAUAGCGAUAUAGCAUACACUUAAACUUAAACUGAUGUUUUUAGGUGGGACUUUGUUCAGGUGGCUGAAAUAUGUUUUGUUCAUUGCUUUGCCUGUGAUUUGACACUCCUGUCUGCUUCUCCAAACUGAGGGGGACUGACAUCUACUGUAGGGAAGUACCUCAUACAACCUCCUACCUUGAAAAGAUCCAAACUAUCCUUUUAAGGCCAUUCAGAGCUCUUUUGUAGCAUGAUGACAAUGGCGUGUAUGUCAUCUGUGGUUCAGAAAAACUGGGAAAAAAAUCCAUCUUAAGUCAUUUUCUUGUGUCAACAGUGUUUUAUUCUACCUUUAAUGUAUUGAUUCUCAGAGUGGAUUUAUCUCACCUUUAAUGAGCAGUAUUUUUGAAAACUUGAUUUUAAGAACAAAUACAUGAUUAAAGGUACACUAUGCAGGAUUGCUGGCUACUGUUUGUGAGCUAAGUAAAAGCCAACCCUAGACUGACUCUUUGGCAUUUUGCUUUGUUAUAUUUACAUUUUUCUGUGCUGUGUCUUUUGGAUAUGUGCUGCUAAUGGUCUGGCACCUGGUCAGUACCAUUUUAUAAAGUCCCAACCUCACCUGAGUGCAGUGCCCAUAAACAUCCCAAGCACAGAAGAUAAUAAAAAUUGAGAAAAUACAGGCAGAGGGUGGAGUCUCUGCAGAUAAAUGCACUGCCUCACACCUCGAUGGGUCACAAGUAACGACUGAGAGGGAUUACUUUUGUAUGUGUGUAUACAUUUCCAAUAAAAUCCUGUGUAGUAUAUUUUUAAGUACUUAAGAUGGAUGUUUUUUGCAGUCUGUUCUGUUUUCAUGGCUUUAAUUACUCUGUUUAAGUAAAUCUAACUUACACCCAUGCCAUUAGGAUUACCCAGAUAAUGUUGCGCAUCUUGUUUGGUCAAAUGGAUUAAUAGUAUAAGACGCUGGUGCUUAGUCCUCUGAAGGCUCUUUGAUUGUGUUUAAAAGCCAAAAAUUAAAGUCAGAAUGUGAUACAAAGGGAGUUUAGGUAUUCCCAGUCAGUUAUAGUAUAUAUAAAAACAGUUAGAGUACUUAUUCUUCUACUUUUGCACUAAUACUGUAAACCAAUUUGAGUCAUGAAUGCAAACUAACUCUGUGAGCUAAGCUUAAAUUGUGCAAAUAGUCCAUGAAAACUCUUCAAUAAAAAUACUAAUAAGAAUAACAAA